AUUCUACGCCAAGCCGCUUCGUCUUCCCGGGCGCCUCUCUCAACUGGGCUUGAUUCUACGCAUAAGCUUGCUCUUGAGUCGCGUGCACAAGAGGAGGUGGUAUGGCCUCGGGCAUUAGGGAAAACCCCGACAAGACCUGCAAAAGUACGGAGAAGCCGCUGCUUGCGAGGGAAGGCUGACGCGGAAUUGGCUUGGAAGGAUGCAGUGGUUGGAGGUUGCGAGUGCCAGCCCGACAGAGUCGGAGCUGUAACAACAGCAGAGGUCACAGUGGUUAUUAUGGGUACGGCUUGCUCAAUAUACUCUAUAGCGAGAAUAGCGUAUGGUGUAGUGUAUGUUCUGAUUGAGGAUGAUUCCCGGGGCGUUAUGAGAGCGUUGGUCUAG